UCUACCAAGUAACGCCCAGCAACGUCGGCAGAAGCAUCCUAAGAAGGAACAGUGCACAGGCCACACUCUCUACCAUCGAACAACACUUGGCAAGAUUGCAAUUACAAUGCGAGACGUACUUAACAUCUUGCCGCCCCCCCCCUCCCCUUCCCCACUGGGCACGGCGGAGGCGAUCCCGGCGGGCCAGCCGGGCGCCCGCCUGCCGAGGAUCCUCCGGGGAGGUGGCCCGCCGGCGAAAAGGGCGCAGGGCGGCGGGCUCGGAGGCGACGAGGCACCCUGGCAAAUGCAUGCAUUCGGCGAGGCACCCUGGCACGUCGCCGCCUGCGGCGGGCGAGGGGGUCCCGAGGCCCAGGCUGCCUCGAGCCGUCCGGCGUACCAAACCGUCAUGGCUCUUCCGCCUCGGAGCAGCCCCGAGAGGAGGGAGAAGGAUGUGCGGGGGGGGGAGGAGGAGGGGGAGGGGGAGGGGGAGGAGGAGGAGGGGCGGCUGUGAUUUGCUACUGCAUUCUCCCCCCCGCGGGAGGCGCGCGUUAGCGCCCGCGCGCCCGAGGGGGAGGUGCUGCCACACGGCCUCCUCGCCGGGCAGCGGCCGGCAUCUGCCGCUCGUGGCGAGAAGUCGCUGGCGGCGGCGGGGCUGCAUCGUCCGUGUGCUCCUAUCGUGGGCAAGUCCAGGCGCUCGGACGACCCAGGGCUCCCCAACAGGAGGUCGGGCGCAGCCCGCCCGGUCCCCCUCGGGGCGGCGGCUGCGCACGGCCUGCUGCCCGUGCGGACAGGCGGUGAGACGGUGCGCGCCCGGCGCGCUGCCCGGCGAGCGGCCCGACUGCCUCGGCCCGACUGCCUGGGCCUGGGGCAGCGGCAUCGAAGCGCCAGCGCCGACGGCGGACGCAAGUUUCAAGAUGGCUGCGCUCGAAAGACAGGGAGAGAGAGAGAGAGAGAGAAAAAAAUAAAACAUAAAAACAGGUGGCAGGAGCAGACAAGCGCGCUGCGCUACUCGCAAGGCAGCGGCUCCUCGCAGAGCAGCGGCGCGCUCGCAGGGCAGCCGCGGAGCAGGCGAGCGGCAGGGAAGCAGACCGAGCGCGCUCCUCCACACGACUCGCAGAGCGGCUGCUCCUCUUGCCUGGAUCCGCCGCGGGGGGGGUACGAUCCAUC